GGCCCGAGGACUUGGGUGAAGAUGGCGGCAGCCGAGGCCGCGAACUGCAUCAUGGAGGUUUCCUGUGGCCAAGCAGAAAGCAGUGAGAAGCCCAACGCUGAAGACAUGACGUCCAAAGACUACUACUUUGACUCCUAUGCCCACUUUGGCAUCCAUGAGGAGAUGCUGAAGGAUGAGGUGCGCACCCUCACAUACCGCAACUCCAUGUUUCACAAUCGGCACCUCUUCAAAGACAAGGUUGUGCUGGACGUGGGCUCGGGCACCGGCAUCCUCUGCAUGUUUGCGGCCAAGGCAGGAGCCCGCAAGGUCAUUGGGAUCGAAUGUUCAAGCAUCUCUGAUUAUGCUGUGAAGAUUGUCAAAGCCAACAAGUUAGACCACGUGGUGACCAUCAUCAAGGGCAAGGUGGAGGAGGUGGAGCUGCCUGUGGAGAAAGUGGACAUCAUCAUCAGCGAGUGGAUGGGCUACUGUCUCUUCUACGAGUCCAUGCUCAACACCGUGCUGCAUGCCCGUGAUAAGUGGCUGGCACCUGAUGGCCUCAUCUUCCCAGACCGGGCCACCCUUUAUGUGACGGCCAUCGAGGACCGGCAGUACAAAGACUACAAGAUCCACUGGUGGGAGAAUGUAUAUGGUUUCGAUAUGUCCUGCAUCAAAGACGUGGCCAUCAAGGAGCCCUUGGUGGACGUGGUGGACCCGAAGCAGCUGGUCACUAAUGCCUGCCUCAUAAAGGAGGUGGACAUUUAUACAGUCAAGGUAGAGGACCUGACCUUCACCUCCCCCUUCUGCCUACAAGUGAAGAGGAAUGACUACGUGCAUGCCUUGGUGGCCUACUUCAACAUCGAGUUCACCCGAUGCCACAAGAGGACCGGCUUUUCUACCAGUCCUGAGUCCCCAUACACACACUGGAAGCAGACUGUGUUCUACAUGGAGGAUUACCUAACAGUGAAGACUGGCGAGGAGAUCUUUGGCACCAUUGGCAUGAGGCCCAACGCCAAAAACAAUUGCGACUUGGACUUUACCAUCGACCUGGACUUCAAGGGCCAGCUAUGUGAGCUCUCUUGCUCCACUGACUACCGGAUGCGCUGAGGUGGCGCCAGGCUGGCCUCCUACCGAAGGGGGCUUAGGGACUGGGCUUGGGGGAUGGGAGGGUACAUCGUGACUGUGUUUUUCAUAACUUAUGUUUUUAUAUGGUUGCGUUUACGCCAAUAAAUCAUCA